GUUCGAUUUCCAUUUAGACGUCAAGAUGGCCGUUUCGCCGCUGGUCGAAGCGUAAAAAACCAGCCGACGUCAGUCCGGUGUGCAUCAGCAGGCAGGCCAACCGAGUACGCCGAGUGUAUCGCAUUCGUUUCGCCACCAUAGAAACCGAAGACGCGCCGGCAAAAAAACGGACUAUCAGCCGCAAGGGUGGCACACAUUUCUAGUGCGUGCGUGGGAGGUAACAAUCGGCAACAAUCAGCGCAAGUACUCGAUUCGGCGCGAGGGUUGCGGACGUGGUGCGCGCUCCAUACACCGCACACAAUCAUCAACUCCACCUAGUUGCAUCGGAGAGUCUCCGGUCGUGAUCCAGCUCGCGGUUCGCAUGAGUAGAAGCAUCGUACACGUGUUGCAGUGGGAUCCGAAGCGUUGAUCCCCGGUGGUGUGCUGAAAGUGCAGGAAACGCCGGCAAGUUAACAACACAGCGGCAGGAUGUCGGGCGAACGCGAAAUACCCGCCGAGGAUAGCAUUAGGGUAGUGUGCCGAUUUCGGCCACUCAACGACAGCGAAGAGAAGGCUGGCUCGCAAUUCGUUGUAAAAUUUCCAUCCGGAUCCGACGAGAAUUGCAUAUCUAUCGCGGGAAAAGUUUAUCUAUUUGACAAAGUUUUUAAACCGAAUGCGACACAAGAGAAGGUCUACAAUGAGGCGGCCAAGAGUAUUGUCAGCGACGUCCUGGCUGGUUACAAUGGAACGAUUUUCGCUUACGGCCAGACGUCAUCCGGUAAAACGCACACGAUGGAAGGUGUGCUUGAUGACCCUGCCAAGCAGGGUAUCAUCCCACGUAUUGUCAACGACAUCUUCAACCACAUCUACCAGAUGGAGGAGAAUUUAGAGUUUCACAUUAAAGUUUCCUACUUUGAGAUUUACAUGGAUAAAAUUCGUGAUUUACUUGAUGUUUCUAAGGUGAAUUUAAGUGUGCACGAAGACAAAAAUCGUGUGCCUUUUGUCAAGGGCGCAACGGAAAGGUUUGUUUCGUCACCGGAUGAGGUCUUUGAAGCUAUCGAGGAGGGAAAAUCUAAUAGACAUAUUGCUGUAACCAACAUGAAUGAACAUUCGUCGCGUUCACACUCGGUGUUUCUUAUCAACGUCAAACAGGAAAAUAUGGAAAAUCAGAAGAAACUCUCCGGAAAGUUGUACCUGGUAGAUUUGGCUGGUUCCGAAAAAGUUUCAAAAACUGGCGCGGAGGGUACAGUAUUAGACGAAGCUAAAAACAUCAACAAAUCCCUCUCGGCGCUCGGUAAUGUCAUCAGUGCCCUGGCCGACGGCAACAAAACGCACAUCCCCUAUCGAGAUUCUAAAUUGACGCGUAUUCUACAAGAGUCACUCGGUGGUAAUGCGCGGACGACGAUCGUCAUCUGCUGCUCGCCUGCCAGCUUCAACGAGUCGGAAACCAAAUCCACUCUGGAGUUCGGUAAGCGUGCAAAGACGGUGAAGAACGUCGUCUGCGUGAACGAGGAGCUCACUGCUGAAGAAUGGAAGCGCAGAUAUGAGCGUGAGAAGGAAAAAGUGGGCAGGCUCAAGGGUAAAGUUGAGAAACUUGAAGCUGAGCUUGCGAAAUGGCGUGCUGGGGAGACUGUUGAUACUGAGGAACAGGUCAAUCUCAAUGAGAUGGAUGCUAGUACUCCUAGCAACAUCAUGGAGGAGUCGACAGCUGCACCAAUUGCUGGACCAAUUCCAGCCACGCCUGCGCUCAUGAUUGGCUCCACUCUGGGUUCUGAAGAUAGACAGAAACUGGAGCAGGAACGCGAGAGAUUAUACCAACAGUUGGAUGAGAAAGAUGAGGAGAUUAACCAACAGAGUCAGUAUGUCGAGAAGCUCAAGGAGCAGAUGAUGGAGCAGGAUGAUCUUAUCGCUGCCACCCGUCGGGACUACGAAGCCUUACAAGCUGAGAUGAACCGCAUUCAGCAAGAAAAUGAAAGCGCAAAGGAAGAGGUGAAGGAAGUCCUGCAAGCCCUGGAGGAACUCGCUGUUAAUUACGAUCAGAAGAGUCAGGAAGUUGAGGCAAAGAACAAGGAGAUGGAGAGUCUUUCCGAGGAACUCAUGCAGAAGCAGGCUUCAUUCAACACAACUUCUUCGGAAUUACAACAGUUGAGGGAUAUGAGCACACAUCAGAAGAAGAGAAUUGCUGAUAUGCUGUCCAACUUAUUGAAGGAGUUGGGUGAUAUCGGCAGUGUGCUUGGCUCGGAACGAACCGAUUUGAAUAUCUCCAACGAUGCUGCCAAGCUGGAGGAGGAGUUCACUGUGGCGAGGUUGUAUAUUAGUCGCAUGAAGAGUGAUGUGACUAAUAUCACAACGCGUCUCAAUGAGCUGGAGGCCUCACACAAGGACAGCAACCGUAAGGUGGUUGAUUAUGAGAAGGAAUUAGCCGAGGGGAGAUUGUUGAUUUCACAGCAUGAAGCUAGAAUGAAGAGUUUGCAGGAGAGCAUGCGCGAAAGCGAGAAUAAGAAACGUGCGCUCGAGGAGAAUGUCGAUGCGUUGCGUGAAGAAUGCGCUAAGUUAAAGGCUGCUGAACAAGUUAGCAGUGUGAGCGAAAGUGAGAAGAAGGAAGCCAACCAGAUGCGUGUCGCUUUGGAACAGCAGAUGGAUCAAUUGCGUGAUGUGCACCAGAAACAAGUGGCGCAGUUGCGAGAUGAAAUCUCUGAGAAGCAACAAAUGCUUAACGAUAUCAAGGAUUUGAACUCAAAACUGCAACUGACGCAGCAACAGCUCCAGGCCGAUUACGAGAAGGUCAAGUCGGAGGAGUCGGAGAAAUCCAACAAGCUGCAGGAACUCAUUUCGACGAACGAAAGACGCGAGCAGGCACGCAAGGACCUCAAAGGGCUGGAGGACACCGUCGCCAAGGAGUUGCAGACUUUGCACAACCUGAGGAAGCUAUUCGUUCAAGAUCUUCAGGCUCGUAUUAAGAAGGCAAUCGCAAGCGACGACACCGACGAAGAUGGCGGCUCCCUGGCGCAGAAACAGAAGAUUUCGUUCUUGGAGAACAACCUGGAUCAGUUGACUAAGGUGCACAAGCAGUUGGUGCGUGAUAACGCCGACUUGCGUUGUGAACUGCCGAAGUUGGAGAAACGUCUUCGUGCAACGAUGGAAAGAGUCAAGGCAUUGGAGUCGGCGUUGAAAGAUGCCAAGGAGGGUGCUAUGCGUGAUCGCAAACGGUACCAAUUUGAGGUGGAUAGAAUCAAGGAGGCUGUGAGACAGAAGAACUUGGCGCGUCGCGGACCGGUGCCGCAGAUUGCAAAGCCGAUUCGGGCUGGACAGCAGCAUCAUCCUGUCAUUAGCGGCGGCGGACAAACGGCGAUUCGUGGUGGAGGCGGUGCACCGAUGCAACGCUCCACACCGGACGAUAACAAACGCAAGUCCGUCAUUAGCAGAGAUGAAAGUUGAAUGAGUGCUCCUGCUCCGAGGUGCUAGUAACAUUUACGCAACCAACCCAACACACCAAAUAAACAAAGAAACAAAAGCAUUCGCAUCAGCGCAUCUGCAAUCAAUUAUUUAACGACGUUCAGCAAAGGGAGGAUCUUAUUACCCGAUUUAUGAUUUGUACGGAAAAAUAAAAAUAACUCGUGUCUCGUGUGCUUGAGAAAAACUUGCAAAAAAAAAAAACAUAAAAACGGCUUUAGCAUGUAAGAUGCACUAAUUUAUGAUAAUCACUAUGCUGCAAGACGUGCUGCGACAGAUAAGAAAACGUAAACGCAUCUAAGUCCGCAUUCGUUGUUCAAAAUAAAGAAAUUGACACAAAUAAUAGGAAAACGCGUGGGAGAACGAAGAGUAAAAAAAUCUAUGAGAAAGAAAUUAGUAGGCAUUAUUUUCCGGAUUAUUUUUCUAACAUUUUGUAAAACAAUUUUGAAGAGAUUCGGAGACGGUUUGGAAAGAUUUGUGUGCAAAUAGUAUUAAUCUACACGAUGCGCGAGCGCUAUCUAUAAAGAAACACCAUGGUACUAAUUUUUAGUUACUUAACAAAAAAAUGGAAAAAAGUAUUUGUAUAAAUGUUUUAUCGUAGCAAAUGUUCAUUUUCACAAACUCACACGACAUGGUUCAAUGAGACACCAGAAACACGCAAUGCUUUUAUCAUCUAUUCAGUAAUUUAAAACUACAAUAUGAGAAGAACAUACUUGAAGCAAGAAAAAGGUUACUUAGACAAUUUUUAAUUUAUAUUUUAAGUAAUAUUUAUAAUGAUUUCUAUUUAUCGAGGGUGGGCGUCUUGUAAUUACCUCUUUUGCUUUCCUCUGAUGCAACCUACCCUUGGUUGUAAAUUUGAGUUUAAACAAUUCUAUUUAAAUUCGAUGGUUAAGUGAGAAUUUCGAUUCGUUUGGAUUUUGUUUGGCGUCAAACGCACGGCGAGGACACGCUUGACUGCUGUGCAAGCGUCGUGUUGCUCGCUGCGUUUGGCUGCCAUCUUUGUCAAACGUGUAGGCUUUAAGAUGGCGGUUGAGUCGCUAUCGUAAAGCGGAAAUGCACCAUUUCGCGCGACCGUAUAUUCACCUAAUAUGUAUUGUGAUAUAUUUGUUUGUAACUUUUAUUUUUUGUUUGAUUCGACGAACUUUUAAUUAAUUUGCUUCUUGAUUUUGUAAACGAACCGCUGACACGCUCGCUCUUCCAUUGAGUUUCUUUCUCGAGGAGCGUCUUAGGUAAACAUUUAGUUUGAAAGUUUUCACGCACGGCAUUAAAUAAACAGUUUAAUAUUACCAUUAAGCGAAUACUACCCGUUCCCCCUAACUGUUUAGUUUGUUUGUAUGCAUAAGUAAUUUAUAUUUGAUGAACGGAACGCAAGUGUAAUUUGUUUAAUUUUGUAAUUAUAGUUGUACGACGGACGACACUAAGCGACAGACAUUGAUUUAAAACCUGCUGCGGGAUUGCAAUUUUAGUGUAAAAUUUAUUAGUGGCAAAGCGAACGAAAGUACGGGAAGAGAUAUGAAAUCAUGCUUGUUUAUAAAUGAAGAAUAAAACGAUUUUAUGAUUUUUGUCGAUAUGAGAUAUCAAGCGGUAUUGCUAUUGAUAUUUGGAUAUAUCAGUAACUGAAAUGAUUAUUAUUCUCUUCGAUUCUAAUAAAAAUAAACAUAAUUACUGCUAA